AUGUCAAAGCUGUGGAAGUCAGGAAUGUUACAAUCCGCUAUCAGAGAUGGGAAGCUUCUCGCUGUACGGCUCCUACUAGAAGCCGGCGCGGAGGUAAAUCAGGAGGCUAGGCAAACACCUUUGCAUGCGGCGACAUUCAAAAAGGAUACCCGUUUCGCGGAGAUACUCAUUCAGCACGGAGCUCAUAUGGAAGCCCAGAACCACGACAAGUUAACACCGUUGCAACAGGCAGUUAUGAAUGGCUUCGUGGAAGUCACUAGGCUUCUGCUAUCGAACGGCGCAAAUGCGAACGUCGUAUGCAUGGGCGAUCCAACAGAAGUGUUCAUGCGUCUACAGAACAGAGGUAGCAUAAGGAGGGACCCCUAUGCUGCCGCAAAGACUCCUUUGAUGCUCGCUUGUGGUCUCAGUCCAAACGAAAGCGAUCCUGACCUCCCAGUUCGGAUGGUGCAGUUGCUCCUCGAAUAUGGAGCCGAUCCAAAUGUCGAGGGCAACAUAGGCGAAAACAUGACCGCCUUCCACUGUGCGGCUCGGGCAAGAAACCCCACUAUUUUAGAGCUGCUUUUCGAUGCUGAUACCAAUGUUGGCGGUCGUGGCAAAGGUCUUGAAGAAGCUGGAAAAAUGCGAGUAUACCAACUCCUCUUCAAAAGCUCUGAUGUCCCAAUGGCGUCCUUUGAUCUGAGGGGACAUUGCAUUCCGGGGAGGCGCGCAAAAUGCUUUCAUAUUCUGAUGAAUAAACGAUGUGGAAAUGAAACCAUGCUUUGGACAGCUGCAAAUUUGGAGAACUGGGCCUUUGUCGAAGAGCUGCUGAUAUGUGGUGCGGAUUCGGAAGCACUAAUACUCCAAUCUGCAGCUGAAAAAGGAUGCGAAUCUGUCGUCAAGCUCCUGAUAGACUCUGGUAAUUGUGCCAGUAUACUCAAUGAGCAAGUGCAGACACCGCUUCAUCUUGCCGCGAAGAACGGGCACACAUCCGUCGUCAAGGUUUUGAUAGACUAUGGCGCUGGUCUGGAUGUUACAGACAAGUUGCAAAACACGCCCCUCCACCUUGCCGCAUACACAGGAUACCAGGGAAUAGUGGGCUUACUACUAUCAUGCGGCGCUGAUCCCGAUGCAGCUAACCACCAAGGGUGGAGGCCACUUCAUGCCGCGGCAUGGCGUGGCCAUACGGAAGCUGCCCAGUUACUGCUACAGGCUGGAGCUGAUGUAGGGGCGGCUACUUUGAGAUUUUUUGAAGCCUUCGAAAUAGGGUUUUUCAGACACCAGGAUGUGGCUUGGGCUGGAACACCUCUUCACCUUGCGGCCAUGGCUGGCAGCGUUGAGAUGGUUCGACUGAUACUGCAAGAAAAGGUUGACGUUAACGCAAGGACGAACUCUUUUGACAAUGAGGAUGAAAAAGGUCAACCCACAAACACACCCAAACUUGGCCCUACGGCAUUGCAUAUCGCUCUUGGCACGCAGAGCUGUAGGGGUCGGAAGUGGUACGAAUUGGACGGGAGAUGGCCUGUGUUUUCCCCUUUUGAACGUGGUGCAAGCGUCGAAUUGGACAAGGGAAGGUCGGAAAUUGCCUCUUUGUUGAUCGAGCGUGGUGCAAAUGUUGACGGCGUGGCGAAUCACUUGCAGCUCAAAGAUGUUGCAAAGUUUGAGGGCUUCCCGCAGUUAUGGGACAAGCUAAGAGUCGGCAUCACUGUCACUGAUUAA